AUGGGUGGCGGAGCCAGCGCCACUGCUUCGGCCGAGGCUGACCCUACCGUGACCGAGGCAGUUAGCCGUGGAGAGCUGUCGAAGUAUUUCCUUGGCCCGUACUUAGACGGCAAAAUCUACAAAGGGUCGCAAUACUCGGAGGGCACAUUGGACGAUUUGCUGACCUUCGACUACCCGGCGCAAGAUGACGGGGCGGAUGAGGAGGAGAAUGAGAAUGAUGACCAAGACGGAACCGAGGAUGAUGAUGGCGAGAGGAACGAUGUUGACUACGUCGCCGACGAGGACGAGAAGAGUGAUGAUGUUGAUGGACUUGUGAGCGUGUGGCAGUAUGCAUUGGACCUGCGCGAUGUUCAAGGAGGGUCUUGUGAAAAAGACCUUUGUGUGCUUUAUCACUAUACCCACGAGCUGGCCUUCCGCAAUGUGGCCAACAUGGAACAGACCAGCGCCGAGCUUUUCGCGUCACUGGUGGACUCCAGGGCCCACUUCGGGAAAGGCGUUUAUUGUACGCAGCAUGAACCAUCCGUAUGGGGCUCUCGCACGCGGAUUUUGCUGAACAACUACAGCAAUUUGAGUCCUUUGCGUGACAUAACAGACGCGGAGUCUCAGCGAGUGGAGAAGGAAUGGGGCACCGGAAAUGCUGAAGGCCAUCGAGCAGCCUUCUGUAUUCCGAUUCUAGUCCCGAGGGAGCUCGCAUACAAUAUCUUUCAACAGCAGACGCCCGACCUCGCGCACAAGAGCGUGCGCGACGCCGACACCGGGGAGGAGCGCCGGAUCCGGCUGGGCGAGGAUUACAAAGGGCGACCUGUGGACCCCAACCGGGAUGUUUGGGUUCUACAGGUGAUGAACGAAGCUGGAGAGGUGCAACAUGCCGGCGCCGAAGCAGACGGUUUGCUAAGGCUGUUAAGGACUCGCCUGGCAAAUCUUCGGGAAGAGCUCGGAGACGAUGCAAAGCCUACCAUGGACUGCAUGUACGAUCUUGGGAGUAGGCUACACGGCCGCUCCUACCAUGAUGAAGCAGAGAAGCUUCACAAGGAGUGCUUGGACCGUCGACGGGCCCGACUGGGCGAAAGCCACACGGAUACCCUGGAGUCCAUGAACAAUCUUGCUUUGCUUCUGGAGGACGUGGGACGCAUUGCGGAGGCCGAGCAGUUGCUCCGCAAAGCACUGGAGGGCAGCUGUGCCAAGCUUGGCAAGACACAUCCAGCAACGCUGGAUGCGAUGAACAAUUUGGCCGUCUUGCUGCAGGACCAGGAGCGAUUUGAGGAGGCCGAAUCGCUCCAUCGCGAAGCUUUGGAGGGUCGCCGGGCCAAGUUGGGCGGGAUGUACCCGGAUACACUGACGUCGAUGAACAAUCUGGCAAAUUGUUUGCAGGCCCAGAAACGGUACGAGGAGGCAGAGUCGCUCCACCGCGAAGAGCUGGAGGGUUGCCGAGCCAAGCUGGGCGAGAAGCACCCAGAUACGCUGUCAUCCAUGAACAAUGUGGGGAUGUUGCUGCAGGCGCAGGGACGCUGUGAGGAGGCGGAGCAGCUGCUCCGCAAGGCAUUGGAGGAUCGCCGUGCCAAACUCGGCCAGACCCAUCCAGACACACUGGGUUCGGUGAACAACGUGGCUUCGGUGCUGGAGGCCCAGGGACGUCAUGAGGAGGCCGAGUCGCUCCACCGCGAAGCACUCGAGUGCCGCCGGGCCAAGUUGGGCGCGAUGCACCCGGAUACACUGACUUCGAUGAACAAUCUGGGGAGUUUGCUGCAGGCCCAGAAACGGUACGAGGAGGCAGAGUCGCUCCACCGCGAAGAGCUGGAGGGUUGUCGGGCCAAGUUGGGCGAGAUGCACCCACGUACACUUGCAACGAUGAGCAAUUUGGGGAAUUUGCUGCAGGCACAGGGACGCGAUGAGGAGGCGGAGCAGCUGCUCCGCAAGGCAUUGGAGGGUCGUCGGGCAAGGCUGAACGAGACGCAUCCAGACACGCUGCAGUCAAUGCACGAUCUGGCCAAGGUGCUGCAGGAGGCGGAGAAGCUCCACGGCUAA